AUGGCGGCGACCCUAAACCUGCCAGCGGCUCGAAUGUCUCCUUUGAGUUCUCAAUUCCAUCGUAUGUCCUCCGCCAGGAAGAUCGGCGGUCUGUUCUUGCCGUACGAAUCGUGGAUCCCAAAUCGAAAAGCUUGCGGUUAUAUAUCCACCAAGAUCACAAACAGCAUGGAUUCUUCUAAUGCCAUGGCUACUACGUUUUCGCCGAAUGGCUCGCUUGUCUCUUCUGGAGAUGAAGGAUUAAGGUUGACAGAGACUUCUGUAAAUUCUCUACGAAAAACAAAAAUAGUUUGUACUAUUGGACCUUCUACCAGUUCGCGCGAUAUGAUCUGGAAACUGGCGGAAGCUGGAAUGAAUGUGGCACGUUUAAAUAUGUCCCACGGUGAUCAUGCAUCACACCAGAAAACCAUAGAUCUGGUCAAAGAAUACAAUUCGCAAUUUGAGGAGAAGGUUGUUGCCAUAAUGUUAGAUACCAAGGGUCCUGAGGUUAGAAGUGGAGACGUACCACAGUCAAUCCUUCUCAAGGAAGGACAAGAGUUCAAUUUCACCAUUGAAAGAGGAGUUAGUACAGUGGACACUGUGAGUGUUAACUAUGAUGACUUCAUAAAUGAUGUUGAGGUUGGGGACAUUAUACUGGUUGAUGGUGGAAUGAUGUCAUUAGCUGUGAUAUCAAAAACAACGAAUUUGGUAAAAUGCAAAGUAGUUGAUGGCGGUGAACUGAAGUCUAGGCGGCAUCUCAAUGUUCGUGGGAAAAGUGCAACACUGCCCUCUAUAACAGACAAAGAUUGGGAAGAUAUUAAGUUUGGCGUGGAUAACCAAGUCGAUUUCUAUGCCGUUUCUUUUGUAAAGGAUGCUAAGGUGGUCCAUGAAUUGAAAGAUUAUCUCAAAAGGUGCAAUGCAGAUAUCCAUGUGAUUGUAAAGAUUGAAAGUGCUGAUUCUAUACCCAAUCUUCACUCUAUCAUUUCAGCAUCUGACGGGGCAAUGGUAGCUCGUGGUGACCUCGGAGCUGAACUCCCGAUUGAAGAAGUCCCUUUGUUACAGGAAGAUAUCAUAAGAAGAUGUAGAAGCAUGAAAAAACCUGUUAUAGUGGCCACCAACAUGUUGGAGAGUAUGAUUAAUCACCCAACUCCAACAAGGGCUGAAGUGUCUGACAUUGCGAUUGCAGUACGAGAAGGUUCUGAUGCAAUAAUGCUAUCGGGGGAAACGGCUCAUGGGAAAUUUCCAUUGAAGGCAGUUAAAGUGAUGCAUACUGUGGCAUUAAGGACUGAGUCCAGCCUACUGAUAGCCAUCAGUUCACCAGGUCCAUCACCUGCUUUUAAGAGCCAUAUGGGUGAAAUGUUUGCUUUCCAUGCCACCACAAUGGCAAACACUCUGGCGACUCCCAUCAUAGUUUUCACAAGAACAGGGUCCAUGGCCAUAACUUUGAGUCAUUACCGGCCGUCCUCAACUAUAUUUGCUUUCACAAAUGUGUAA